AUGGCGAGCAACAAUCCGUCGCAGCUUCUUCCCUCAGAGCUAAUCGAUAGGUGCAUAGGAUCGAGGAUUUGGGUGAUAAUGAAAGGAGACAAGGAGCUCGUGGGAGUUCUCAAAGGCUUUGAUGUUUACGUCAACAUGGUCCUUGAGGAUGUCACCGAGUACGUUAUUGUUGCAGUGAGAUACGGCAGAAGGAAGACGUGUGACAAAGCUUGAUCAGAUUCUACUUAAUGUUGGUGCCAGGUGGAGCUCCGGAAGACGCAGAAUGAGAUUUUGGCGAUGGUUUAUUGGUAUGUGAUAAGACUUGUGUGUGAGGGGAGGAUGUUAACUUUGUUUUUUUUUAUCUAACUCUUUAUUCACAAGACAAGUACUUAGUUGAUAAUUUUGAGAUCAUAAUGACAAGUUUGUUCAUUGGUCAACCAUGUGAAAGAGCUUAA